AUGUACGGUCUUAAUUGGAAAUUUGGAUGUCGUGUCACCGGGACUAUCUUGCUCUCCCGAAAUUACUCAGAUUUUGGAACUCUGCGUGAAGACGGAAAAUGGGAAGGAAUCAUGAAAGUACUGCAAGAAAGAAAUGCUGAUGUUGCCCUUUGUGAUAUGUCCAUAACAUCUCGACGACUCGAUGAUGUUGAUUUCACCGAUACUAUCUGCGAUCAAAGUGUCAGUGCCUAUAUGCGUCUUCCUACCCGCCGUUCCCUCAUUGACGGAUUCUUCGCCGUUCGCGCGGCCCUGUGGACAGCCGCUGUCGGUGCAGCGGGUGCCUGGCGCUGUUCCUGCCUUUGUGGUGCGGGUGGAGGGGCAGCGACGCGUCACCACCAGAAGACGCUGGCUCUUCGUAUCGGCUGCCUUCUGCCAGCAAGGGCUGGUGAAGCAAACUUAAUUGCCUUGUCUGAAAAGUUGCACGAGCAGGUUUUGAAAGGUGAUGGCCAUGUGCUGGACACCAUACGUCGCGCUUGUGACGAUCAUCAAACAAUUGCGCUUUUGAGCACGAAUUUCCUGCCCGUCUUCCUCCGCCAUUCGCCUAUUUCGGCGCAUGCGUCGCCGGGCGUGCUGGCACGCGUGUUUGCGCAGCACUGGCCUUAUCGGCCCCAGCGCCAGACGAGGUUCUCUCAGCGGCCGGCGCUGGGGGACGUUGGCGGCCCGUCUUUCCUGCCUAUCGCCGCCGCGCGCUGCUGGCGCUGCUUAUGCCUGGCCUCGAACCGGCUGGGGGACUCGAGCAUCCCAACUAACGAGCCAACGACAAUACGCAUUUCUCCGAUAUCUCUUGAAGCCGGCACUGGCUCGACGCAAGACGAGGCUCGCAGCAUGCCUGGGGGACGUGGCGCCGUGUUCCCCGCCUUCGCGCCGGCGCGCUUGCUGGCGCCUGCUUAUCCUGGCCCUCGAACGCCGCUGGGGGUCGCACCCACGCAUACGGCCACGACAAUCGCAUUUCUCCAUACUUGA